AUGGUGAAGAAGAAACGCAAGGGCACCCAGUCCGGAGUUAGUGAACCCACCCGUAUUCGAAUUGGAGAUAUGCUAAGACGAUUUCGUGCUUCAGAAGAUCAAGUUCUCACUUUUGAAGCUGGCCUAUCAGACACAGAGCGUGCUCUGGUGCACAUGAUUUCAAGGAAGUUGGGAUUGAAAUCCAAGAGUAAAGGGAAAGGAAAUGAGCGCUGUGUUUCUGUUUCCAAGAAUCCAAAGAAGGAAAAGAAAAAAGGAAAGAAUGAAAAUCUAAGCUGUUUGGCUUUUUCAGAAGGAUCACAAAUGAUCUUACAGGAUUUAUUUUCACGCUACCCUCCUGAAGAUGAAGAACUAGGUACUAGAUUGAUUCAGGACAAUAGGGGUAAACAAGAAAGGAAAAGAGGGAAAGAUUCAAUGUUCUCUUUGCCCUUAUUAAGCAAAGAUGAGAUAAGAAAAAAGCUUAACUUGCUCAGUUCAAUGGUGAAAAAGGAUCCUCGUUUCAGACAGACUUUUGAAUCAAGGUCUAAGCUCCCUAUUGCAUCCUUUAGCGAAGUCAUCAGAUCUACUGUGGAUUCUAACCAGGUUGUUCUCAUAUCUGGCGAGACUGGUUGCGGGAAAACUACUCAGGUCCCACAAUUUUUGUUGGAUCAUCUCUGGAGCAGAGGGGAGGUGUGCAAAAUAGUAUGCACACAACCUCGGCGUAUCUCUGCAAUGUCAGUUGCUGAUAGAAUCUCUCAUGAAAGGGGCCAGAUUACUGGGGAUGAUGUUGGAUACAAGAUUCGGUUGGAAAGUAAGGGAGGCAGGCACUCAUCAAUUGUGUUUUGCACAAAUGGAGUUUUGCUUAGGGUGCUUGUUUCCAGUGGCACUAGUUUAUCCAAGUCUUCGAGCAAGCAUGAUGUAGAAAUGUCUGGCAUAACUCACAUUAUAGUGGAUGAAAUCCAUGAGCGGGAUCGCUAUUCAGAUUUCAUGCUGACGGUUAUCAGAGACAUGCUUCCUUUAUAUCCUCACCUCCGACUGAUACUGAUGAGUGCUACUCUAGAUGCGGAAAGAUUUGCACAGUAUUUUGGCGGCUGCCCAGUUAUCCGUGUUCCUGGUUUCACUUAUCCUGUCAGAACUUUCUAUUUGGAGGAUGUACUUUCUAUCCUGAAAUCUUCAAGUGACAAUCAUCUUGAUAUUUUUUCUAUCCUGAAAUCUUCAAAUGACAAUCAUCUUGAUUCUGCUAUUCUAUCCUCCACUGGGUGCUCUGAACUGACUGAGGAAGAUACUGCUGCUUUGGAUGAAGCUAUUAAUCUGGCUUGGUCAAAUGAUGAGUUUGAUCUUCUCAUGGAUUUGGUGUCCUCUGAAGGGAACCCAAAAAUUUAUAACUAUCAGCAUUCCUUGACUGGGUUAACCCCAUUGAUGGUCUUUGCUGGGAAGGGUAGAGUGGGGGAUGUUUGCUUGCUCCUCUCUUUUGGUGCCGACUGCCAUUUGAAGGACAAUGAUGGUAUGACGGCAUUGGCAUUAGCUGAGAGGGAAAACCAGCAUGAAACUGCUCAAGUAGUAAAAGGUCAUGUCAGAAGGGCCCUGUCUGACCCCACGCAACAACAAAAUUUACUUGAUAAAUAUCUCACAACAGUCAAUCAUGAUCUUGUUGAUGUUAUUCUUAUAGAGCACCUACUAAAGGAAAUAUGCAAGGACUCUACAGAAGGUGCUAUAAUUGUCUUCCUUCCAGGAUGGGAGGAUAUAAAUAAAACCAGAGAGAGGUUACAUGCGAACUCUUUCUUUGCAGAUACAUCUAGGUUUUUGAUAAUCUCGCUUCAUUCUAUGGUUCCACCGGGUGAGCAAAAGAAGGUUUUUAAUCGCCCCCCUCGAGGUUGCCGCAAAAUAGUCCUUUCAACUAACAUAGCAGAAAGUUCCAUUACUAUUGAUGAUGUUGUCUAUGUCAUAGACAGUGGGCGAAUGAAAGAAAAAAGCUAUGAUCCUUAUAACAAUGUGUCCACUCUUCAAACUUCAUGGAUAUCGAAGGCAAGUGCAAAGCAAAGGGAGGGACGUGCAGGCCGCUGUCAGCCUGGAAUAUGUUACCAUCUUUAUUCAACAGUCCGAGCAGCUUCUCUACCUGACUUUCAUGUUCCUGAAAUCAGGAGAAUACCAAUUGAAGAGCUCUGUCUGCAGGUGAAGCUAUUGGAUCCCAAUUGCAAGAUACAGGAUUUUCUGCAGAAGACUCUGGAUCCGCCGAUUUCUGAGUCCAUCAGCAAUGCAAUUGGUGUUCUUGAAGAGAUUGGUGCUUUAUCAGCUGAUGAGCAGUUGACUGAACUCGGGAAAAAGCUGGGCUGCUUACCUGUUCAUCCGUUAAUCAGCAGAAUGCUCUUCUUUGCUGUCUUGAUGAAUUGCCUUGAGCCUGCUUUGACUAUAGCAUGUGCUGCUGACUAUAAAGACCCGUUUACACUCCCUAUAUCACUGGAUGAGAAGAAAAGAGCAAAUGCUCGUAGGCUCGAGCUUGCUUCUAUAUAUGGUGGAUACAGCGAUCAGCUAGCGGUGGUAGCAGCUUAUGAUUGCUGGAGGAAUGCUAAGGAAAGAGGGCAAGCAGCAAGGUUUUGUUCUGAUUAUUAUGUGUCCCCUGGCACCAUGAACAUGCUGCAUGGUAUGCGUAAGCAUCUCCAAGGGGAGCUUAUUCGUAAUGGCGUUGUACCACAAGAUGUCUCAAGAUGCAGCACGAAUGCGCAUGAUCCUGGCAUAAUUCGUGCUGUUCUUGUGGCUACUGUGUAUCCGAAUGUUGGGAAAUUCUUGCCGCCUAAAAAUGGUAAACGUGGUGUCAUACAGACCACAGAUGGUGCUAAAGUUCGGUUGCAUCCUCAUUCUCUUAAUUUCCGAUUAUCAACUAAAAGAAGCGAGGACUGCCCCCUGGUAAUAUAUGAUGAGGUGACUCGUGGAGAUGGUGGCACGCAUAUAAGGAACUUUACUGUUGUUGGUCCACUCUCCCUUCUCCUCCUUGCUACAGAAAUUGCAGUUGCUCCUGCAAAUGACGAUGUCGAUGGCUAUGACGAUAAAGAAGGAAGUGAUGUUGCUGACACGGAUAGUGACGUUGAAGAUGCAAUAGAAAUUGAUGAUGAGUAUAAUGGCAAGAAACUCAUGUCUGCUCCUGAUAAUUCUGUGAUUGUUGUUAUGGACAGGUGGCUUCUUUUCCGAUCGUCAGCCAUCGAUGUUGCUCAGAUUUACUGCUUGAGAGAGCGGUUAUCUGCUGCAAUCUUAUUCAGAGUAACUCAUCCCCGAAAGGCGCUUCCACCUGCUCUUGAAGUCUCUAUGAAUGCAAUAGCUCGUGUUCUCUCUAACGAUGGGCUAUCUGGGAUUCCCUUGCCGAUCCAAUUUCACGGGAUUGUCAACGGUGGAGAUAUCCAGAAGAACAAGCAUAACGCGAAGGGAGCGGAGAGUUGA